UUUCUAUGGCCACAAGAGGUUUAGCAGUGGCGUAUUAACACAGUGUUAGAUUGUUCAGGAUUUCCUCAGAAAAACCAAAGGUAUUUCAAAGCUGAUUACGCAACUCCAACUCUACAGCCUGCUGGAGACCUUUCUUGUCUGAUUUGCACACUCUGGACAUGACGAGUUGUAACAAAGCAUUUGUCUGCAUGUGAAUAACUGGAGGGGAUUUUGUUUUUCUGCAAAAGGAGGUCACUCUGAACUCUGGAGUUCUUGCACAGUAAGACUUCUUCAGUUCUAGGAAUCCAGUGACGAAGAAGAAAGAAGCCUAGCAAUGUAAUGCUAAUAUGAUUCACUGAAUCAACAAAAUAGUAAUAAUAAAGGUAUUAUUUUUUUAUGCGUCUAGUCAUACUACUUUUUUGACUGACCAGCGUGAUCUCUAUGCAUUCAUAGAUUCAACCCUGAAGACAGAUAGCGACCCAAUCUAUUAGUAAACAGCAGCAGAUCAUCGACCCUAAACCAUGGUGUUCGCAGACCUGCUGGAACAGGUGGGAAGUACAGGUCGUUUCCAGUUAGUCCAUGUCACCCUGCUCUCUGUGCCCAUCCUCAUGAUGGCAAGCCACAAUCUGUUGCAGAACUUCGUAGCGGCCGUGCCUCCACACCACUGCACCACCCACACCAACCUGUCUGAUUCUGCACUGGGUCCAGCCGAGACCCUGCUCCUCAGCGUGCCUAUUGAUGGGCAGGGUAAACUGGAACGUUGUAGGCGCUAUGUGCAACCACAGUGGGACCUUCUGGGCAAGAACAGCUCUGAGGACCUGGAAAAGAAUGAAAUUGAAAUGGAAGGAUGUGUGGAUGGAUGGACCUAUAACAAGACUGACAUGAGCUCAACCAUUAUUACAGAGUGGGAUUUGGUGUGUGAUUUGAGAUCUCUGAAGCAAAUGGGGCAAACCAUUUACAUGGGAGGGGUGCUUGUGGGAGCGUUGGUCUUUGGGGGACUAUCUGACAAGUUUGGCCGGCGUAUUUUGCUCCUGAUCUCUCACCUGAUGAUGGCAGUUUCAGGGACAUGCACCGCCUUUGCAUCCUCUUACCCCCUCUUCUGUCUGUUCCGCUUCUUCAGUGGCAUGGCCCUCUCUGGGAUAAUCCUGAACUCCUUCUCCCUCAUUGUGGAAUGGAUCCCCACUCGCAUAAGGACCGUGGUGGGUACAGCUACAGGCUACUGUUACACCACUGGGCAGCUGAUGCUGGCAGGUGUGGCUUACAACAUCCGAGACUGGCGCUGGCUCACUCUGGCUGUCUCUCUACCUUUCUAUGUCUUCUUCCUCUACUCUUGGUGGUUCUUGGAGUCUGCAAGAUGGCUAGUUCUUACCAAGAAGCCUGAGGAGGCCGUUCAAAACCUCAAAACUGUAGCUCGGGUUAAUGGCCGCCAGGCUGAGGGUGACAAAAUCAAUCUGGAGAUGCUGCAGGAAUCCAUGAAGAAGGAGCUGUCUUGCUCACAGGUCGCUCACAGUGCCCUGGAUCUUGUGCGGACACGCACGAUGAGAACCAUCACCGUGUGUCUCAGUGCAGUGUGGUUCUCGACAAGCUUUUCCUACUAUGGCUUGUCUAUGGAUUUACAGAAAUUUGGAGUGAACAUAUAUUUGAUUCAGGUGAUAUUUGGUGCGGUGGACAUUCCAGCCAAAAUCAUUAUUACAGUAGCAAUGAGUAUGAUUGGUCGCAGGCUGUCCCAGUGCGUAUCACUCGUACUGUCUGGUAUUACCAUUCUCGCCACUGGGCUCGUGCCUUAUGAAAUGCAGACGUUGCGUACCUCCUUGGCAGUACUUGGGAAAGGCUGUUUGGCUGCCUCCUUCAACUGCUGUUACCUUUACUCUGGGGAACUAUAUCCCACAGUAAUCCGGCAGAACGGCAUGGGAUGGGUGUCCACGAUGGCUCGUCUCGGAGCAAUGGUGGCUCCGUUGGUGCUUCUUCUUUCUGAUGCAGUCGCCUGGCUUCCGGGUGUAAUCUACGGAGGAGCUCCUAUCCUGAGUGGAAUCUUUGCUUACUUCCUCCCUGAGACACUAAGCAUGCCACUUCCUGAUACCAUCCAAGAUGCUGAGGACAGAGGUUUCAAGUUGAGAAAAUCCAAAGACUCCCCCAAGAAAGAGGAAGUGGUCCUGAAUGACCAGAGCAAUAUGCCACUGAAGGAGUGUGCCUGAGGCCUUAUUUACAACACUUUACAUCCUGCGGACAAAAUGCAGCAGAAUGCAUCAAACAUAACACACAGACUAACGUAACAGAGUAGGAAGUUACUCUUGUACUGAAGGUUGAUUUUGUAAGUAGAAUGUAUCAAGUUAAGACUGUUUAUUCAUGGUAAAUGCAUAAUAUCAUCCAAUUUCA